AAGUAACAAAGAAAUCUGGAGCACGCAUGGUAAUCUUUCUUGGGGUCCUUGGCCUUAUUAAUGACUACAAGAAAAUCUCUUUUUGAUGACGUGCUAGCGAGAAGCAGACGCACAAGCAGUCGUCCAUUCAAACGCAGCGGCGCAAGCAAUUGAAUUGCAGAAACCGAUGAGGGCCGAGGUUGAUAUGCUUUUCUUUUUUGUUGAGUUGUUGAUUAUUCUAGCCGCCAGCCAGCCAGCCACAGCGGCAACCGUCGCCCUGUUCGUCCAUCCCAAGGCGAGGGCGACACCGCCACCGACAGGAGCAUAAAGCAAGCAUCUAGUAGGAGAAGGAGAGGAGGAGCAAAGCAUCAAGCAAGCAUUCCAUGGGGUCCCGCUACGAGGUGGAGGUCACCGUGGGUUCUGCCACCAACCUCAAGAACGUCAACUGGCGCAACGGCGACCUCCAUCCCUACGCCGUGCUCUGGAUCGACGACGGCCCCAAGUGCUCCACCCGCGUCGACCUCGACAACGGUGAGGACCCCGUCUGGGACGACAAGCUCCUCGUCCCCGUCCCUCCGUCCGUGACCCGCCUCGAGGACGCCGUCCUCUGCAUCGACGUCGUCCACGCCGACGCCGCCGAGGGCGUCAAGCCUCUCGUCGGCUCCGCGCGCCUCCCGCUCCGCGACGUCCUCGACGACGCCGGCAUCGGGGGCAAGGUCUCGCGCAGCCUCAGGCUCAAGCGCCCCUCGGGCAGGCCGCAGGGCCGCCUCGAGGUCCGCGUCGCCGUCCGAGAGGCCGCGCCGCGAUACUACGAGCCGGCUCCGGCGGCCUACGGCGCGCGCGACCCAUACUACGCCGCGCCGCCGGCGGGCUACCCGGCGGCCUACGGCGGUUACGGAGCAGCCGCCGCCGCCGCUCCUCCAGUUCCAGCACCACCGGUGGCCUACGGGGCGGGUAGUGGUGAUCCUUGUGCUGCGGCGGCGUACGGUUCUGCUGCUCCUGCAACGAAGAGCAAGAUGGGGAUGGGGACGGGGCUUGCGGUGGGCGCGGCGGCGGGGCUGCUGGGCGGGCUGGCGCUGGCGGAAGGGGCAAGCUACCUGGAGGACAAGUUCGAGGACCACGUGGCGGAGAAGGUGGAGGAGGACCUGUACGCCGACGACGACGGUGGCUACGACGACGACUCCUAGCUAGGAUCACUGUCUGUCACUGGUGAAUCAUGCAUGAGAGCCGGUCAGGUUGAAAUAACAAGUGCCCGCACGCAACGCAAUUACUUUGUGUGUUUGAUCGUCGAGUCAGACUCCAUGUUUUAAUUUGGUUGUACUUGUUCGAUCAAUAUCCAAGCUGCCUGCUUUGGUUUUGCCUU